UUGAUGACUUUGGUGUCAAAAAAGUCCAAUGCUCUAUUAACCUUAACGUAAUUACUACAUUUUCAAUGUAUUCAUGAUACUGUAACAACAACUUAAUCAAUUAUCUUGUUCCCUUUCUUCUUAAAUCUGUGUACAUAAUUUUUUAUUUAUCAAGCAUUGACAUAAAGUAUUCACGUGUUGAAUAAACUAUGUGGAAUUCAAUGUUUAACGAACUCGAUGAACCUCGCGUUAGAAGUUACGCUGAAAUAUUAGAACAGAAGCAAGACAAUGAAGGCCACCGGACCGAAACAUCGUUCGAACAGGAACAUGUAGAAUCUCAGGUGCUUAAAUUAUUCAAAUUAAGUCAUGAACCCUUUUUAAUGCGACAAAAACAUAUAAAAAUGUUAACAACGCUUAUGACUCACCUUGACAAAACUUAUGAGUCUUUGGAUUGCAGCAGACCAUGGUUGUGUUACUGGAUAUUACAUUGUCUUCAAAUCUUAGGACAUCAUUUGAAUGAUGAUGAGUAUUCCAAAAUUGCUGGCUUCUUGGCCAAAUGUCAAUCACCUGAAGGGGGAUUUGGAGGAGGCCCGGGGCAAUAUCCUCAUUUGGCCUCAACUUAUGCAGCAGUAAAUGCAUUAUGUAUCAUUGGUACUCAUCAAGCGUAUCAAGUAAUCGAUAGGACAGCUCUCAAAAGCUUCUUGACAUCCUUACACAACGAGGAUGGUUCUUUUAAUUUGCAUGCUGAUGGAGAAUCAGACUUAAGGGGUAUAUACUGUGCACUUGCUGUAGCAAAAUUGACAAAUGUAUAUACUCCUGAAAUGUUCAAAGAAACAGAGGAUUGGAUAGCAAACUGUCAGACAUGGGAAGGUGGUUUUGGAGGUUGUCCUGGUAUGGAAGCACAUGGUGGAUAUACAUAUUGUGGAUUAGCAGCACUUGUGCUUCUCGGAAAAACUGACUUCUGCCACUUAAAAUCGUUAUUGGCAUGGAUAGUAAACAAACAAAUGCAUCUGGAAGGUGGAUUUCAAGGACGAUCAAAUAAAAUAGUAGAUGGUUGUUAUUCAUUUUGGCAAGGUGGAACUUUUCCAUUAAUUCAUGCAAUUCUAACAAAACAGGGGAAAGUGUUCAAUUCUAAUUACUGGUUGUUCAAUCAGGAGGCUUUACAAGAAUAUCUAUUAAUUUGCUGUCAACAUCCUCAUGGUGGUCUUCGGGAUAAGCCUGAAAGAAAUCCAGACAUGUAUCAUACGUGUUAUGCUCUUAGCGGAUUGUCAAUUGCACAAAAUUCUCCAAAACCAUUGAUUAUUGGAUCUCAAAACACAAACUUAGUGAACAUAACUCAUCCUGUAUAUAAUCUAGUACUUUCUUGUGCAGUUAAUGCAUUGAAAUACUUCAAUAGAUUAGAGAUACCUGCCUGAACAUACAUUUAAUAUUUCAAAUGCAUUAAUAGAAUAACAACUAUUUCUAUUCUAUUUUGUGAGAAAGUUCAAAGAGGCAAAUUCUAUUUUGCUUCGUAUUGAAA